AGAGGAUCCAUUGAGAUGUGCUAGCUCGUUCACAACAAGGAACUUCUGCAUCCUGGCUCCUGGAAUUCAACUUUACUGGCUUUGUGGUCACUCUCUCAGUGCGCAACAUAAGAACCCAAACACCGGACUUUGAAAAAGCUGCUGGUUCAGGAGAAAUUAACUGACAGAUUUCUGCAGUCCAUGAGAUCCAGACUUGAGAAUAGACUGCAUAAAGCCCCAGUCCUGCUGCUGACAGCAUGUUCGGAAUCCACCACAAUGCCCUGGCCUAUGCCAUGACCACGCUGGGCGCUGGGAUGAUGAACAGCAUUUUCAGCUUUUACUAUGUCAAGCUGUUUUUGAACAAGUACAAGAUCUCCGAGGGAGCUUUUCACCAAUCACAAGUUGUCUACAUGAUCUGGAAUGCAGUGAACGAUCCCUUAUUUGGAUAUAUUCAGGACAACUCCAGAGUCCCCUGCUGUUCCAAACGGAGGCUGUCUAUUCUUUAUGGGGCUCCGUUUUAUGCACUGACCUUCCUGCUUGCUUGGUUUCCGUGGAGAUCGUACGAGGCAGGUGACUGGCUGAGCGGAGUGCACCUCAUCGUGGCCCUGUGUGCCUUCGAUGGCAUGCUGACCUUCGUUUUGCUGGCCCAGUGCUCUCUCUUUGCGGAAAUCUCUACCCAUCAUGAGACCAGACUGAAACUCAUCAAGUACAGCCAGGUGGCCUCUAUGAUCGGCUCCUCCAGUGUCUUGUUCUGCGGACUGGUGUCAGAAAACAUGGAGAAUUUCGUCUACUUCCAGAGCUUCACAGUGCUAGUGGCUCUGCUGGCUUGUGCCUGCAUGCUCUACACGGGGUUCCAUAGCAUGAGCCCGUACGACCGCCUGGGGUCAAAGGGCAACAGCGAGGAGGGACAGGGAGACGAGGCGGGACAGAGAGACGAGGCGGGACAGGGAGACGGGGCAGCCCUGUCAUUGUCUUCGGUGCUCUGCAUGACCAAGCAGAUCUUGACCCAGAAGGACUUUAUGAUCUUUGUCACCAUGAACUUCUUCCAGGUCUUCCUCCUGACCUUCUGCAACAACUUCACCAUGAUCUUUGCAGAGCAUCUCAUCCCCCAGAACGUCCUUCCUUCCCUUGUCAAGAGCAUCAUGUAUGGAGCUGGAUUCAUCUGCCCGCAGCUCCUGGUUCUGAGCAGCCAGAACCUGCUGAGGACUCUGGGAUACUACAGAGUCAUCAUGCUCACCUUCUACGUGGAAGCUGGGGCUGCAGCCAUCAUGUUCUUUCUGGGGCCUCACCACUACUACAUCCUGGCAUUAUUUCUCACUGGAAACAUGGUGCUGAUCCAGGCUUCAUUUAGCCUGUUUAAUUUGCCUUUGGCUGACAUAAUUGAUGCUGACCUUUACAAGCACAAACGCAGCACCCCGCUGUCCUCAAUGGUGUUUGGCACCAAUGCCCUCUUCACCAAGCCUGCCCAGUCCCUGGCUCCUAUGCUCGUGGUCAGUAUACUGAACCAGGUUGGCUAUGAGAAACUGGAGGACAUUGCUGUCGUUUCUGAUCAAGGUUCUUUGCAGGAGCUUCAUGAUGUCAUGUUUUAUUUGGUGUGCCUGGUGCCAGUAUGCGUUGCAGUGCUACAAAUUUUAGCCUGGACUCCAUACUCAAUCAGGGAAAGCCACACGGUUGAUGCAAAAUACAUUGAGACUUAAGGUCCAGGCUGUGCAGGAGCACUAAGGACCAAGAGGCAGGCUGAUUUUGAUAACCUUGGCAUCAAAGAAGUCACCUCAAGGGGCUAAUUUGACCUGGAGGGUGCUACUUUUUAUUAUCAAUUUGAAAUGCUCUUUGGAAUAUUGUAAUUGCUCUUUUGUUUGUUGGUUGUUUGGUUGUUAAGAUAUCUAUCUAUCUCUCUCUCUCUCUCUCUCUCUCUCUCUCUCUCU